AUGAAUUACCUGAAGUCACAGAACAGCAACUAUACAGAUAUGGAAACAUCCAAGAAAGUGAUGAAUGUUGGAGGAUUAUAUCUGCAAGGAGAUACUACGGUCACUCCUUGUUUUAGGUGUAACGGAUUCAAUCACUCCAAAGUUAAAUGCCCAAGAUCAAUUGUCUGUCCCUGCUAUAAUUGUGGCAUUGUAGGUGAUGUAGCUCGUGAUUGCAUGAAACCCAGAGAUGAGAAGCUGUGUUUUGGCUGCAAGGAGACAGGCCACGUGAAACGACAGUGUCCAAACGGCCCAGGAGUGCCGCGAGAGGGAGUCAAACCUAACGGCAGAGCAAUUAAUAGUUGA